ACCAGAGGCUACGCAACCCUCGCGGGAUGAUGAGGGCACGUCGCCGCAGAGCAGCGGGUAUCUUGCUCGCCGCUUACAACCGGUUGCCGUUCUGCAGUGCUUUGGCCGUUCCAUCCACAGCGGCGGCACCUGCUACUACAGGUCAACUGCGGAACAAUAGCACGAUGAUGAUGCUGGGCGGAAGACGCAGGUCGGUUCAAGUACUAUGGCAGAGCGCUCCAUAUCAUGUGCCGUCACUGCCGUCGGCACACAAGGUUUCUAGGGACACCUCCCCUCGAUGCCACCUCCAGAUGAGACGAGGACAGCCAUCACCUCCGCGAGUACGUUUCCGCUUCUCUUCCUCUGCUUCCCCCACUGCUGGUGGUGCUGCUGCUUGCAUAAGAACAGCAGCAGCAGCGGAUACGAGCGAGUCAGCUGCAGGCAACACAUGGAAUUUGUACGACAACACCAAGUGCCCCCCAGUGCCAAUGUCUCUAAUGGAAUACGUAUCUCUUGGGCCUCGGUAUCAAGAGCGGCAGCAGCGUAUGGACAAAACAGAAGUACCGAUGUCGGCAACGAAGACAUCAAAGCACGACGACAGCGCGCACCACCAACAGCAGCAGCAGCAGCAGCAGCAGAGGGCGGACGCGGACGACGAGCAUGCACAGGAGGACUGGCUAUCCGCCGCGGCCGAUAUUGCAGCCUCCCUCGGCGUUGAUCCUUUGAAGUCCACCGAGGCGCAGCAUCGCCGAAUUUUUCACUUGUACCUCCCGGUGUACUUCUGGCUCAAGCUCCUCUUACGUCAAAGCCGCGGCUCCGCGGCAUCUCCAUCAUCAUCAUCAUCGUCGUCGUCAUCUGCUCGGGAUGUUGCUGCUGGUGUACAAACGGCCAACGAGCACCCGCGAUCCUCGCGUGGCGACGUUUCGAAACGUGCUAGGGCCAGCAGCAACACCGGUAGCGACAAGGGACCCCCGGUGGUCGUCGGCAUCAACGCGCCUCAAGGGUGCGGGAAGACCACGAUCGUUUCCGAGAUGCAGCGCAUGCUUGAGAAGGCUGGCCACCAGUGCGUCGUGAUGUCGAUCGAUGACUUUUAUCUCACGGGAGCCGAGCAGGACGCUCUUGCGGCGAGGUUCCCGACCAAUCCCUUGCUUCAGGUCCGCGGCAACGCGGGGACGCACGACCUGGCCCUGGCGCUCCGCACGAUCCGCGCAUUAACAAGGGGGGAUGACGGCACAAGCGACGUUGAUAGCAGAGAUCUCCGCCCAUCGCCCCCCUCCUCAGCCGAAGACCCGGCAGCCCAAGACUGCGUUCGUGUUCCCCGAUACGACAAGUCAGCGAGAGGGGGAAAGGGCGAUCGCGCGCCCGAGGGGGAGUGGAGCGUGGUUUCGAUGCCACCGGACGUUUUGCUGUUGGAGGGGUGGAUGCUCGGCUUCGAAGCCUUGCCGGACGACAGCCCCUUGCUGCUUUCGGCAGCGGAAGCAGACGGCGGCACAAGCGAUGGCCUCGGAGCUGUCAACACGUUCCUUAAGGACUACCAAAGCUUGCACAACGAGGUCGACGCUUGGCUAGUGCUUAAGACGGCCGAGCCUGAAAUGGUAUUUGAAUGGCGAGCCGAGGCCGAGCGUCGCAUGCGAGAGGCUGGGCGCGCGGGCAUGUCCGAUGAGGAAGUGCGAGAUUUCUGUUCCAGAUACAUGCCCGCCUAUCGUGCCUACUUGCCAGGCUUGUACGACCGCUGUCGUGCUGCGGAUGCCGGAGUAGAGGAAUCAACAGACCACGACAGACUAGGGCAACCCCCUCAGGGAGACGGUGGUAGUAGAAAGUUGACGAGCGGUGUUGUGCGAGCAAGGCAGACACUUGUUAUUGAGGUAGGGAGAGACAGGAAUCCCGUUUUGUGACCGUGUGUGAUUGGUUGUGAGCGUUGCGUAACGGCGUGUCAUAACCGAAAGCGUACCCGUGCAAUCGGCGCCAUUAGGCAGAAAUGUUUCCCUCUGUUUGAAGCCGAAUUUGUUAUCAAGCAGGCGGGCAAACUGUCGUAUCUGGAUGACCUUUCUUGCCAUAUCGUUGACUGCAGGCGAGCUUGCCUUGGCGUGGUCCGAAGAAAGUCUCGAGUGCACAUUGUGGAGAAGAAAGUGAAUUGGGGGAAUUUUGGUGGUCGAAUAAGCAACUCAGAGCGGUGCAUUGCUUCGAGUGGUGGCACGAACCAUAUCCUGUUAGCAAUACCAACUUGCUCAUGGUGCUUGUUACCCUCGUCAGACUGUCG